AUGCCCGGCGUGCUGGAGGUUGAACCAAAGACCUUGCCGACCGCGUCCAGCAGUCGUGCUGGCGCGCGCCGUGGGGGAGGGGUUGAUCAGUCAGCGGGCGGCCCGGGCGCCGCCGAGGCUGAGGCCCGCCCGGUCUCCCGUCCUAGGGCGUCUGACUGGAAGCUGGAGCAGCCCGACUGGACGGGCCGCCUGCGCGUCACCUCCAAGGGGAAGGUUGCCUACAUCAAGCUGGAGGACAAGGUGUCAGGCGAGCUGUUCGCGCAGGCGCCGGUGGAGCAGUACCCGGGCAUCGCCGUGGAGACCGUGACGGACUCCAGCCGCUACUUCGUCAUCCGCAUCCAGGAUGGAGGCUCCGGGGCACUGGCGUCGCUCCCCAAGCGGCUCUGGGUCUUCCUCACCGCUUCCUCUUUCCUCUCGUGCCUUGCAGAUAUCCUCUUAGACCUGGACUCCCCCGCGCCCGCGCCCGCGCCCGCGCCCGCGUCCACCAGCAGCGACCUAUGGGGAGAUUUCAGCACCGCGUCCAGCUCCGCUCCAAGCCAGGCGCCGCAGCCAGCCAGCUGGGUCCAGUUCUGACGGGCGUCAGGCAGGCAGGACAGAUGUUGGGGCGACCUGGGGGCGGCUGGUGCGGGGGUCAGGGGCCCAGGCCGGGCGCAGUCCGAGGCUCCCCGCGGG